CUUACAACACGCCAAAAGAAAAGAUUAUUACCCCAUGCAGAAUUUGUGCGAAGUAUGAGUAGAGUUAGGAGUGAACGCGGCGCCAGACAUGUUAUAAAUCAAAAAGGUGGUGGAGUAGGAGUUUUUGCCGCCCUUCUGACACCUGUGCUUAUCGAAAUGGCAAGGAUGAUGACUAUAAAAGCCCCUGCUACAUCUUAAUAUAAAAUUAAUUAUGGCAAAUAAAUUUAUUUUAGUUCCAGAAGAAAUUUAUAAGGGUUUAACAACCUAUGAUACAGGUGAACCAAACUUGGAUUUUGUACGUCAAGGUCUUGAGAAAACAAAACUUAAAAGAGAAACACCUAGUGCAAAAAAUGUUCAUUAUAAUCAAGAGCUUAGACGAUAUUUACAAUUACGAAACGAACAGCAAAAUAGACCAGUUAAGGUAG